AGUCACCCCAUCCAACAACGUUACAUCGAAUCUAAAUUCAAGCCCUAGUUUUUUCGCAUCCUGACUGAGUUAGUUCCAGACACAUUGAUCGUCUUCUUCGCAAACAAAUCACAUUAAAACCCUAACUUCGAUUCCAUAAUGGACGCAAAGGACAUUCUAGGGCUUCCAAAAAUUUCACUGCCUAUACCACAGGAAAAGAAAUCAAGACCACAAAAAGAUUCUCAAAGAAAACCCGAUGGCAUCUCGCGUGAGGUUUAUGCGCUUACAGGUGGUGUGGCACCUCUUAUGCCUUCUGUUGAUGUUAAUCAGUUGAAGAAGCGUCAUCAACCUGAAAAUGAGAAGAUAACAUGGGAAUGGCUUUCUUUCACAAAUUCUGCUCGGAAAGAUGACUUGAAGCUGUACCACUGGGUCAGAGUUGUAAAUGGAGCUCCACCAACCGGAGAUUACUCCUUUGCAAAGUACAACAAGUCUGUUGAUGUGAUCAAGUUCACAGAUGAGGAGUAUGAGAAGCAUUUGACAGAUCCUUCAUGGACUAAAGAAGAGACGGAUGAACUCUUCGAUUUAUGCGAACGUUUCGAUCUCCGGUUCGUUGUAAUUGCUGAUAGAUUUUCUUCAUCUCGAUCAGUAGAGGAACUAAAGAAUCGCUACUAUAGUGUUUCUCGGGCAAUAUUAAUUGCAAGGGCUCCAUCUCCUGCUGAUGUUUCUAGUCACCCACUUGUUAAAGAACCAUACAACAUCUCUCAAGAGAUUGAGCGUAAGCGCGCAUUGUCCAUGGUUCUCUCUCAGACAAAGCAUCAAGAGCGUAAAGAUGCUGAGGUUCUUUCUGAAGCUAAGAAAAUAAUGGAGUCUCGUAUGGCUGCAAAGGCUGCUCAGGAUGCUGAGUUGGCGGUCGCAUCAAAUGCUAGCCCAGAACGCAUGGAGAAAACUACUGCUCUUGUUGACACUGCAUCACCCUCUAAUAUUCAGGCUACUUCAGGUGUUGCUCCUUUGAUGUCGAUGGCAGAGAAUGCUGCUGCUGCUGCAGCCUCCCUUCGUGCGAUGCGGGUGUACUUGAGAACGUACGCACUGGAUAAAAUGGUGCAAGCUGCCAGCUCAUCAGCAGGACUGCGAACUAUUAAACGCGUUGAACAAUUUUUACAAGAGCUUAAGGUGAAUCUGAAACCCAAAGUCCCUACUAAAGCUGUUUGUGCAGAGCAUCUGGAAUUGCGGAAAGAGAUACUGACCCUUUUAAAUCUUCAGAAACUGUUGCAAAAUAAGGAAGAGGGUUCGUCUUAUCGUGAAAGUUCAUAUACUGAAACACCAGACACACCAAAGCGUUUACAGCGUGGUAUUGAUCAGGACCGUACAUUCGUCCCCGACUCAGUAAGCUUUGGAGCAAUAUCAACAGAAAGAGUUGGCAAAAGGGACCAAAAACGCAAGGGUCCAGGAAGAGAAGCUCCAUCUUCACCAGCUAACUCUAACAAAAGGCCUCGAAAAUUGAAGGCUACAGAUAGUUAAUACGGCAGCUUAUUGGUCAUCAAGAAAAUGGAAACCUGCAUCAAUUGUCUUGUUCAUCUUCAUGCGAUUUAAUCUGGUCAAAGUUGUGGUACAAGGAAACAUGGAGAUCGCAGACAUGACAUUCUACAGUGGAGAUGCUAUGUAGUUUUUGUGUUCUUGAAGUUGCCAAAUGCAAGAUAUGAUAUGAUGCGAUGUAAUGUAAAUACGAGUUAACAUUAUCACAUAACACUGGAUGUUGAAACACCUUUCUGGGAAAUGUAUGCUUGGGUGUAGGAAUUUGAAUUGUGUUGUGUUGGAUGCUAAUCAAAUUUAUGUGGUAUGAAGCUUUCUUAGAACGCC